AUAUGGGCAGAGGGCUGGGCAUAAAGAGGAUAGUAUAUUACGACCAAGAGAAUCAAAAGUUUUUGUGAUAAUUUGGAGGCAUUAGGAUGUUGUGAUGCCCAAAAAAAGUUCUAGAAACAGUAAAAUUAUACGUAAAAGCUCUUGGAGGACGAAAUUACUCCAACCUACCUCGGAUGAAAAGAAAAUUGUGAGUAACAUAUACAUUGGUGCGGGUAAUGCUCGGAGAUGGAUUAUUUUGAAGAAGAAAUUAGACUACCAGAGUGAUGUUGACUUUGUCGCCUAUUUACUAGAUCUCGCCGAACCUCUUUCUGGGGGAGAAAAUACACACCCCACAGAGAACGAUCAAGAUAAAAAAGAGGACAGCGAUUCGUUGGCAGCCUGUGAUGUACAAGAAGAUACGGAUGACAGCACCAGCUCUGUUACACAAGACAUCAGUGAUGGAGAAUGGCAACCUACUAGCUCAGGAGCACUACGCAGAAGCCCUCGAACCCAGAAUGCUCCAAUCAAAUUGCAUGUACGCAGAAGUGCAAGGAAUAACCUUGAAAAUGUUGAUAGUGGACAAAAGGUUCCUUCAGAUAGAAAAUAUAAGAAAGACAAAAGUGAUAGCAUAGAUGAAAGUUUUGAUAAAUCUGCCUCAGACUUUGAAGGUUCAAGUGUUUCAGUAAGUGAUGAAGUUAAAGCAAGUACUUCAGACAAUAUUCAUGUGGUCACAGAAAAUGUAGAGCCAGAAGGAAAAAGUGUUCACAGUUCAGGAACUUCUGCUGAAGAUCUACCUGUGGAAUCAAGUAGAAAUAAUUCUAAAGUGUGGUUUAAUGAAAGUUUUUGUGAUGUUCAAUUAGGAAUUGAAAAAAAUAAGUCUUCCACCGUAGCACUUUCGCCAUUAGUCGUUUUGGAAAAUGUAAUGCAGCCUCUGGAUGCCGGUGAUAGUGAAUCUAACAGUGUUUUGAUUGAAGUUGGAGAACGCGUUAAACUGAAAAGGAGGAAGAAGAGACGCAAUCACAUUAUAGAUGAAGCAGGAGAAACAGAUGAAUUGCAGAAUGGAAAAAAUGAGCAUAUACAUACCAGCAAGCACAGGAAGAGGAAACAUAAACAUGGAGAGCACAGUACAAAAAAGAAGCAUCACGAUGUUCGGAAAGCACCAGAAGAUGGCUUUCCUCAUGAGAACAACAUGAUUGAGGUUGAGGCAGAUAGUCAGUGUAGUCUUGCAAAUGGAAAUAGGGAACUUUGUGUAAAAGAGGAAAAUGUCUCAUGGCCCUGUACAUCAGAUGAUGUUCUCAAAAAUGUGGAAAUUGACCCUCCAAUUGCCACACCGCCACAUUCGCAACAAGAGGAACAGCCACAGCAGCUACAGCAAGAGCAGCAUCAGGCGCAACAGCAGCCUCACAUUCAACGUGUUGCAAUCAGGAUUAAGAUGUGUGGUGAUUGCAAUUCACGUCAUUUGUUAGAAGCUUGUCCUCUUCGCAGUCCACAAACAAUUGUGAGUGAUUCUGUAAUAUACAAGCAAUGGUUUGACCAUCGUGAGCAGAGUGAAAGAACUAGUGCUGUAAUAGUGAGUAACCCUUGUGAUGGAGAGGAACGUAAACCGACUAUACUCGAAGGACGGUCUGGUCAUCAGAGUUAUGCCGAAGCAUCAUUACCUGUCAGUUUGACUCUGAAAAUGUGUAAUGCUGAACAUGGACUAAGUGUUGUAGCAUUGACCCAUAUCCAGCCAUUUACUCAGUUUGGACCCCUUGUUGGACAAGCCAUCAGAGAAAUGGACAUUCCUGAUGACUUUAAUAUGAAGGACAUAUGGGAGAUUAUGACAGGAAGUGACCGGUUAUAUAUAAGUACACAGGAUGCAAAUAGCUCCAACUGGCUACGUUACUUAAGGCCAGCUCCUACACGUGAUCAACGUAAUAUUGUUCCACUUCCUCGUGAUGGUCAUCUUUAUUUUGUAACAUCUAUUGACAUUCAAGCUGGUGAAGAACUGCUUUACUGGGCAGAUGACCCAACCACCAUAUGGUCAAAGAAGAAAAUGGAGAAAACAAAUUGUGGCGGCUGUAAUUUGAGAUUCUCUCAUCCACUUUACUACCGUAUGCACUGCUCAUUAUUUCACGAUCCAAACUUCAGUCUUACCAUACGCAAAUAUCAUUGCAAAGUUUGUGGCACAGCAGUGUUGGGGAAGGAGAACAUAAUGAAGCAUGCUGCAGAGAUGCAUGAUGGCAAAGGAGCAUACCAGUGCCAGUAUUGCAAAAAGUUCUUUCUACGGCUGAAUUAUCUGGAAAUGCAUAGAACAUAUGGCUGUGCAGCCAAUCCCCAACGAGCUCGUCCUCUGUGUGAUUUCUGUGGGCGCAAAUUCUGUCAACCUCAGAAACUGAAGGUUCACAUCAAACGUAUGCAUAGUGAUAUGGCUGAAGUCUUGCGAGAAUUCCAGUGUAAGAUAUGCCUCAAACUCCUUGGGUCUCGUGCAGCCUUACAGAGACAUAUGAAAGAAGUCCAUCACAAAGAUAUUGUUGGAGCCUGCACGUGUGAUCGUUGUGGCAAGAUGUUCCAAAAUAAGUCUAAUCUCAAGAUACAUAUGUUGACACAUUCUGGUGUUAAACCGUUUAGAUGCAGAGAAACUGGAUGCACAGCUGCAUUCACGACCAAGCAGUGCCUGCAGUUUCAUUACAAGAAAGUCCAUGGGUUCACAGAGGAAAACAUGCCUGUGAUUGAAAGAUCAGUUGCAUACACAUUUGAUGCUUACUCUGGUGGCACUGUGGAAGACCCUGGCAGAGGAAAGUCGCCUCGGUUUGAUAAAGAACGAAGGAAUUCCACAGAUAACAAUAGCAGUAGUCUGCUGUCAUUAGAUGAUAGUAGUACUACCUCUAGUGCCAAAGCUGAUAUCUCAGGGACCAGCUCUAACACUGAUGCACUGGAAGACAAAAUUAGUAUGGCUAAUCCCCAGCCGACAGCAUCGUUACCACCUCCAUUGCCCCCAUCUUCCCAGUCUCACAUACAUAACACAAACAUUUACACUACGCAGACAUUAUACACAACCAAAGUUGUAGUGAGCAAAGGAAGUAAAAAGUGGAUGGGUGACAGUAUCUUACCUCUUGUGCCUUCCCCAAAGAGGGAUAUUUAUGAGUUUGUGGAUGAAAAGCAGAUAAGGGAGGACGAAAGGAAGGUAAGUGUUGAAGACACUGAUAGAGUGAUAGAACACGAGUCAGUUUUUCGACGUCCUGAAUCAUCAAAUGCUAGCCUUCUAGUAGAAGCAGCACUUGAUGCUGCUGAACGUGAUAUUGACAUCUCAAGUAUGGUACCAAGUACUGCUUCUACGACUGUAAUAACUGCCAGUGAACUGGCCGGUACCAAAGAACAGACAGGAAAUUUGUAUGACCUACCACAUUCACAAAGUCAUUUAGUAAAUGGAAAUCACCACCAUCAAGCACUGAGCAUGCAGUCACCCAUCCACAAUAAAACUGAACAAGAUAACCAUGUCGAAAACUAUCUUGUGUCACCAUCCACCACACCAGAGCACCAUUUGCAGCCACAGCGCUCAAGCCCAGACAAUAAUCACUUACAACAGAUGGAUAGUUACACGCUUCAGAGACAAUCACCGUCGCAGCCUGAUGCAGAGUCUCUCAAUAAUCAUUCACAACAUAGGCCUCAUGUUGUGGAUGUGUAUGCUUUGCAACAUCGUGAUGAUGAAGGAUCAGAAUCAGUGCCACAAGGGUAUGCCAUACAGCACCGGCAGGAGGAACUGAUGUCUCCUGCUGGUACACCAGAUGCAAGCUACAGCCUGCAUCACCAGGAAGAAAUCAUCUCACCAGCUGGAACUCCAGCACCAGCUACAGCUGCUGCAACGUAUGAUUUACCUGCAGCUGAUGAUGCAUCUAGUUGUGAUGAAGGUGAAGUGCAGAAUUUGAGUGUAGGCAUAAAGGGCAAGCUGGACUUGGCAGCCUACAAGCAAUAUGAAAGCCUGGAUGAAUUCAGUCGUGUCGGGGACAGGUUUGAGCCACUGACAGUUGUCGGCAACAGCGGUGAGCUGCAAGGCCUGGAUAUGUCGGCACGCACAUACCAUCCUCAUCCUACUCACCCUCAAAGUUUCCCUCGUUACCACCACGCACUGUACGAGGAAAGACAGAGUGUCGACCUGUCUCGAGGUAGUGGAUAUGCGUCUCCACCUCCAUACGGUGGACACUCAGAGGUAUUGCGAGUGGUGAGUUUGGACUUAACACCAGGUGGAGGUAGGCACAGCGUAGACUUGUCUUUACCCCGGGCAGCUGUGGUUCCUGGCCAGCAGGCAUUAUCUGAACGAAUUGUAUCACCUCCACCACCACACCCCAAUUAUCACGGUUAUCCUCUCUCGCCAUCACCAUACCAUCCUGCUUCCCGUACUCCUCAUAUCACCUCUACCUCUCCGACAACGUAUCAUCAUUACUCAGGUUACUAUUGAGGUGUGCUGUGUAUCUUAUUUUUUGUCAGAGUAUUUUGGAAGAGUAUUUCUUUACUACUGUGAAACAAAUGUAUUUGAAUAAGACAUAGAUGAUGUUAUUCAGUAGAAUUAGAUGUUACAAGGCAAUUUUUUAUAGCUGUCUUACUUGUUGCUACUUGUGAUUGGUGGAAAGAUGAUGUGAAAGCCACUUUGCAUCCACAUGAUUUAUAUAAUUUUUAAGAUUAAUUGUCAGAGGUUUCUAAAAUAAUGUUAAAAAUUUUAUAUGUCUAUCUCCCUGUUUUUAAGUUUUUCUGUUAAAAUGUUUGUCGUCAUUAAGUUGCUUUGAUGUCAUUUCACAGUAUGUUCCUGGCAGUGGGCUCUGCCACUGGAAAGACAAGCAGAAUCACUUAAGUCAUGACACGUUAAUAAUUCAAGCAUUAUAACUGGCAAAACUUGCUUCAUCACAGAACGAUACUUUCCUGCAUAUUUUCUCUUCACUGGUUUUGAAAGUAUGUAGGGUAUGUUUCUAAAAUUUUAUGUGGUAUGGAAUAUACAAACAAAACUAAUUGGAAGUAGCAGUCUUGUACUAGCGUGAUUAAAGAUAGGUUGACUUGUUGAUCACAUUUUCCCCCAGAAAGCUAUUCUUAUUUUGUUGUAAUUUUCCUUGAAUUGUUGGAUUAAGAUAGCCAAAUGCAAAAUUUGAAAAUCAGUGGAGU